CAACUAAUCCAACGUCGCAGUCUGUUCGCCGUCGUUUACUGUCUUCGUAAAUUCUCGCCACCUUCGAGCAGCCACCAUUUCACCUUCAUGAACUCUCUGAUAAUUUCAAAAACCCUAACUAAACCUCGCUUCACUCUAUCUACUCUCGCACAGUUCACUCACCUCCUCAGCUCAGCAUCAUCGCGAACUAUGAGCUCUGAGUCAACUCAGUUCCAGCUCAGAUUAAACCCGCUCACUGGUAACUCAGAAUGGAUCGUCAUCAAAGAAAACGAAGAAGAACAAGAGAAUUACCAAAAGAAUCUCUUAGCCACGACGUCGUAUUUAGACAUGCUUAACGACUCUGCACGAAACAGAGCUUAUCGCCAGGCCAUUGACAAAACUAUCACUAAACCGUGCCACGUGCUGGACAUCGGUGCUGGAACUGGAUUGCUAUCAAUGAUGGCUGCACGUGCAAUGUGCUGUGGAAGUGACUCAAAAUCGUCAUCAUUAACCUCUCCUGAUUUGAAAGGAAUGGUUACAGCAUGCGAAUCGUACCUUCCGAUGGUGAAAUUGAUGCGAAAAGUUGUUCACCGGAAUGGUAUGGGGAGGUCGAUAAAUGUAUUUAAUAAGCGGUCCGAUGAGCUCAAAGUCGGUGCCGGUGCGGAGCUUCCUUCUCGUGCGGAUGUUCUGGUUAGUGAGAUACUAGACUCUGAGUUUUUAGGUGAAGGACUAAUACCUUCUCUUCAACAUGCUUAUGACACGCUACUUGUCGAAAAUCCAUUGACUGUACCAUAUCGAGCAACAACGUAUGGUCAGCUGGUUGAAAGUGAAUUCCUGUGGAAGUUGCAUGAUUUGUAUAAUAAUGAAGCAAAAGCAUCAGAUGAAAUUCGUCUUGUUCCAACCGGCUUGGAAUCUAUUUUACGGGUCAAAUUGCAGCAACACCCUAUGCAUUGUGAUGCAAUCUCGAAAGAGAUAAAGCUGCUGUCAGAACCCUUCAAAAUUUUUGAGUUUGACUUCUGGAAACGGCCGGACAGCUGUGGGGAAACUGAACUGGUCGUCAAGGCCAUUGAUGAUGGUAGUGUCCAUGCUAUAGUGUCAUGGUGGGUGCUUCAGCUUGAUCGUGAAGGGACCAUAUUAUAUUCCACUGCUCCCAGAUGGAUAGAUUUGCCAACAAAUAUAGGUACUCUUAAUUGGUGUGACCAUUGGAAACAGUGCGUGUGGUUCCUUCCAGGAACAGGCACGCCUGUAGGCAAGGAUGAGCAGCUUCUUUUGCGUGCCACUCAUAAUGAUACUAACAUCUUCUAUGAUCUUGCAAUCCAAGAUACUGAGGUGAUGCAACAUAAUUUUACUUCCUGGGAUUUUCAUCUUAUACUACCUCCUGAAAGAAUUGCAAUUUAUGGAGAUAGAGAGUGGAGAUCGCUUAUGUUAACAGCUCUAAGGAAUGCUUUGCAGGCAAAAGUUCAACCACUAUGUGUUGUUGCGGAUGAUAGUCUCUUUGCAACCGUAGCUCUUGCACAUUUUUCAAAAACAGCAGAUAUUAUAUCAUUAUUCCCUGGGCUGCAGGACAGGGGUACAGAAUAUCUGCGAAUAGUCGCUGAGGCAAAUGAUUUCAAUAUGGAUCGUGUAACUGUAAAUCUAAACAGUAAAUGCUUGAGUCUGCAAGAUACUAAGCAGAAGAAGAUUGAUCUAUUGAUUGGAGAACCAUAUUAUUAUGGAAAUGAUGGAAUGCUUCCAUGGCAAAACCUGCGUUUUUGGAAGCUACGGACUUUGCUGGAUGCUGACCUCUCCAAUGACGUCUUAAUAGUGCCUUGUAAAGCAAGAUUGAGAGCUUGUGCCAUGUCUCUACCAGAUCUAUGGAAUAGCCGCCGCUCGUUAGGUGAGAUUGAAGGCUUUGAUCAUUCAAUUGUAAAUACCACCUUAGGGGCAUGUGGUGAAUUACCUCCAUCACAUGAGGGUCCGUUUCUGCCUGUUUUUCUCUGGCAAAGUGGAGAGAUCAAAGAACUCAGUCAUAGUUUCACAAUCAUGGAGUUCGACUUUUCAAAAUUAAUGAGUUCGUGUAAUGAAAAAGUCCAGGUGGAAUUUACUGAACCCGGGAUGUGCCAUGGAUUUGCUCUGUGGAUUGACUGGGUGAUGGAUGCAAAAAACUCCAUUGUGUUAUCUACUGGGCCAGAUCAGAGAUUCUGGAAGCAAGGAGUGAAACUUCUGGCAAAGCCAGUGCAAGUUGCAGCACAUGGAGGAACAACUGGAGGCGACUGUUAUUCAGCAGUAAUUGAAGCAUCUUUUGAUCCCACCAAUGGGGAACUUGUGACCGAGUGUAAAUUCACGUAAGCACAUGUUAGUUUAAAUGUUCUUAGAAUCGAGAGCAGCUUGUUUUUGUAAUACAAUUUGUGUACAAUCUGAGGCUUCUAUAUUUUAUUUUUGAGCUUCACCGUAACUUGGAUUACGAUGAGGCAUUGUGUAUGCAUUAUAAGACCUAAUUUUAAUAUGGCAAUAACGCUUGUUUUCUCCUUCUCGAA